AUGUCUAGCAACGCUCAAUCACAACUAUCAACACUAUCAAGCCGAGCGCAGGCACACGCCCAUCCUGGCGCGAUUGGAAGUCCACUCUGGGACGUUGUCAACGACCUAUGGCACCCGCAGGACAAUCCGAAUGGCUAUGUCAAUCUCGGAAUUGCAGAAAACCUGCUCAUGCAUCACGAACUGGAGAAGCACAUCGCGCAGAAUUUCAAGUUACCUUUGCACGCCUUUACCUACGGCAACGGACCGUUGGGGUCGAAGAGGCUAAAAACCGCUGUUGCGAGGUUUCUCAAUCGUCGUCUCGAGCCUGUUACGCAGCUGGAAGCUCAACAUAUAGUCAUCACCAAUGGUACCUCUCACUCCAUCGAACAUACCUCGUGGGCGUUUUGUAAUCCGGGAGACGGAUUCCUGCUAGGCCAACCUUACUAUGGUGCCUUUCUUCCUGAUAUUGCGCUACGGCCAGGCGUAGAGGUGGUGAAGGUGCCGCUCAAACAUAUCGGUCCUAUGAACCUGGAAGCUGUCGAGGAGUAUGAAUCAGUCUUAUUGGCAGCUAAAGACCGCGGUGUCACUGUUCGCGCGCUGAUGUUGUGCAAUCCGCACAAUCCUCUGGGUCGAUGCUACUCGCGCGAGGUUAUUAUCGCAUAUAUGCGACUCUGCCAGAGAUACCAGAUCCAUCUGGUCAGCGACGAGAUCUACGCCUUUUCCGUGUGGAAGAAUGAGCGCGAUGCAGCGCCGGCUCCUGUGGACUUCGUCUCAGCGUUGUCGAUUCCUUUGGACAGCAUCAUGGAUCCGGCACUUCUGCAUGUCCUGUGGGGAGUGAGCAAAGAUUUCGGCGCGAAUGGUCUGCGUGUCGGGUUCGUCAUAUCCCAGCACAAUGCGGCGUUCAGGCAAGCAUUGUUGUCUGUUGCCAUAUAUUCUUACGCAUCUUCGGUCUCGGAGCACAUUGUCGCCAAUAUAUUGGAGGAUGACGCCUGGGUUGACGAAUAUAUCCGCACAAAUCAGGCUAGACUUGCAGAGUCGUAUGCCUUUGUCGUGGACUUUCUUCGGAAACACGACAUCACGUACACACCUGGUGCGAAUGCGGCUUUCUUCAUCGUACCUGAUCUGGGCAAGGCGUAUCUUGAGCGCCAUGGAAAUCGGAAAGGGUCGGACGCGGACAAUAUCACGGGCGAGAUCAUGCAGCUGUUGAUGAAGAACAAGGUCUUCCUGACAAGUGGACCGUAUUUUGGCGCCCAAUCUCCCGGCUUGUUCAGGUUGGUGUUCAGUCAGCCGAGAGAGGUAUUGGACGAGGGUCUCAAAAGAAUGCUGGCUGCGAUUUCUUAG